CGAACGUCGGUAUCAGUGUGACGACGGCGGUGUAAGCUGGAAUUAGGUUCAUGUGGUGUACGCAACAGGAAACCCACUAGGUCAGGGAAUUGUACUCAGUUAUUACGUGAUCUGUUCACAAACAUUUUAACACUGGAUCCACAUGGGAAUAACGGUGUGGACGUUCAAUUUAAGACGGGUAAAAAGAUGAAAAAACGCAAGGAGCUUGACGCCCUUGUCGGCAAUGGCAAGUUGGUCAAGAAGAAAAAACGAUCAGACACUGGUCAUGAACUGCUUCGAAUGCACGACUCGUCGUCCGAGAUAGAAGAAUUUUGCGCAAGGAAAACUGUUAUCAGAAAGCCGUCUAGGACGCGAAUAUGUGCGACAUGCUUUCCCAUCUGUGCAUUCAUACUGGUUGUAGCGUGUAUAGCGGUAUGUAGCGGACUUGUCUGGAUGAACCUGGACUUGAAGAGAGAUGUAGACCAACUUAGACAUAGGCUUCAAAAAGUGGAAGCCAGUAAUGGUGAUAAUUCGGGUACCAUGAGUGCACUUGGCUCGAGUUUAGACAAACUUAAUGAAGAUUUAGACACAUUCAAAAAUGAAGAUAAAGACAAAAUAAACAAAUUACAUAGUGAUGUAAACGAUAUUUUAUCUCAGAUUGAUUAUCUUAAUAAAACAGCCAAACAAUUAACAGAUAGUGUAGAUUCGGCCAAAGAGUUGCUUGCUGUACCAUCUGCUGUGCUCACGUUGCAAAAGAGUGUGGCAACACAGGGAAGCGAUAUCAAUGGCGUUCAAGAACACGUCACUGGCCUCCAGUCUGCACAAAGACAAACCGAGGAUGACGUUGAUAAAAUCAAAUCAGAUGUACAGGCUUUAACUUCUCGCUUGGACAGUUUGGAGCUCUCCAGUAUUUCAAACUCUAAUGUAGAAUCCAAUAAUGUCCAGAAACCAACUCCACAUCCUCCAACAACUUUAGCAAAAAUAAUUCAAGCUACAACGUUAGCACCGCCGCCGCCAGCAGUAGUUGUGACAGAAGCUGCCAAUGCACAGCAAGAAGUGAACAUGGAAGUUGAUGAGAAAGAGCACAUAUCCGAUGGAAAUGAUGCAGAAAAGCUAGUUUCACAGCAGAAAAUAGAAAGAGUUGAAGAUGACUUAGAAGACAUGAACGUCACCUUAAACAACUUGACUGAUGAGUAUAACGAGUUAUUAAAUCGAAUAGUAACAUUAGAAAAUCCACCUACCAGCCAAUCCAACGACACAGAUCUGGAUAUCCAACAAAUGUACGAUGACUUGCAUGCAUUGAUGGAUCGACUAUCUAACAAUAAUGCAACAUCAUCGCCAUCAUCAGACGACAGUGAACUUACUUCUGAUACUUUACUUACAAUAGAAGAUACUGUGCACAAUAUGACGGUGAUAGUAAAUGAUCUGAAAACUAGGGUUGAUGAGUUGAACCCCAAUGAUUUGAAUAACAACCUUUUGAACGUGAAUACCACACUCGGCAUGCAGCAGAUUUUACAGAAUGCAGCGGAUAAGAUGAAAGAGGAAAAUGGUGUAGUGAUAAGUCAACUACAGACAAAUAUGAAUACUGUAUGGACUCAGAUGACAACACAGACUAACACCAUUACGGAUAUGCAAGAAGACAUUGCAAAGAUUAAAAUCACAAUUCAACAACUUGAAGAAUCUCCAGCAGCGGCCCACGAGUCAGAAAAUGUGAAUACAGAGCAAGCAGCAGACCAAGAGCUCCCAGAAGAAGAGUUUGAGCAACCAGGUGCUGAAGCAGGUCUGGGACAACCAGUCGAAACAGGUUUGGAACAACCAGCCACUGAAGCAGGUUUGGAACAACCUGCGCCUGAAGCAGGUUUGGAACAACCUGCGCCUGAAACAGGUUUGGAACAACCAGCCUCUGAAGCAGGUUUGGAACAACCAGCCUCUGAAGCAGGUUUGGAACAACCAGCCUCUGAAGCAGGUUUGGAACAACCAGCCUCUGAAGCAGGUCUGGAACAACCAGUUGAAACAGGUUUGGAACAACCAGCCUCUGAAGCAGGUUUGGAACAACCUGCACCUGAAGCAGGUAUGCAACAACCAGGCCCUGAAGAUCUUGAAGAAACGGCCCCUGAAGCGGGUCUGGAACAACCAGUUCCAGGAGAAGAAGCACAAGAGACAUUACCAACCAGCGCAUCACCUCAUCUACAGACGAUUUCCUUGCCCGGUAUAUCAACUACAGAAAUGAUGAUUAACCAAUUUUAUUCAUGGGAUAAAGACAGUGACGGUUUUGUCAGCUACUUGGACUUGUCUGAAUUCUUUGGUGCAUUUAUGCCAUCUGAACAAAUCCUUAACCAGUUUGAUUUUGAUCAUAAUGGAAAGUUUGAUAAAGAUGAAUUGGCAAUAGCUUUAGGAUUUUUAGAAGUUCCUCAAGCACCUGUACCGGAUAAUAAUGACCAGGAGAGUCGAGAUUUACCAAACCCUUCCGGGAAUCAAUCAGGUCCUGGUGAAUCAACAGAUAAGCCAGGCACAUGUCCCGUAGUUGCUUCAGAAGUGAUUGGUACUUGUAGUGAAAUGUGCACAAGUGAUGCAUCCUGCCCAGGUAUUCUCAAGUGUUGUUCCAAUGGUUGUGGUCAUGGUUGCACAAAUCCAAUCCUCAAUGCAGGACAACCAUCGCAAUAGUUCACCUUAUGCUACAUUUUCUACUGGUACCACAAAAGCGUCAAUUACUGGAAAAAAAAUGCAGCUACAACAAGAGCACUCUCUAUCAGCAGCGGAAAGACAGAAGCUAUGGCGAGCACAACAGGCAGCUGCAAAACAAAAAUACCACCCUAAAUAUCCAUUCCGUAACCGUCAUAACAAGCAGUGAUAAAGAGGAUACGAAUACUGUUUGCUGUAAAUCACUUGACAGGAUACAUCAGAAUUUACUUACAAAGAAAAAUUUAAUUUACAAUUACAUUUAGCAUUUAUCUGUAGCAAUUGCUUAGUGAUACCGCUGUAAUUUUGUUUAUUAACUUGUGCAAAUUAAACACAAAAAUAAUAGAACCCAAAAUAUUUGGUUUCCGUAUCAACAACCUAGCAGAAAACCAAUCACAGCUUGUCUAGAAACGGUAAUGCCAUAUCCAGGCACCUUCUCACCAGAUCCAGGUAGCUUUACACCUCAUCCGGACACAGCAAUCCCAAAUCCAGACACCUUCAAUUCAAAUCCAGGCAAUCAACCUGAUCCAAGCUACUUCCCUUAUGUUUAGGAGAUGUGUGGCUGCAAAUCUUGUCGCUUUGAACUUUUAAACACUCAUUUGCAUAAGUUAUAACUCAAUAAGCCAAUUUCUAAGAUACUUUGAUGAAAGUUUUUUUUUUUUUACUUUGUAAAUCUUUAUUUCUGUUAUGGGUUGCAGGGUGUGCAGCUCCAAUGUACUUUAUGAAACCACUCUUGUGGUGUGUUUUUUAUUACAAAAUUAAAUCAAAAUGGUUGUUGAAAUGUUUUCAUUUUUGGUAUAAAUGUGCUUUUCUAGUCUUAAGGAGACUGAUUUCAACACAUCUUGUAUACUGUAGAAUACUUUAUUUUCGCUUGGAAUUAAUUUUCGCUGUAGGAAUGAUUCAGUGAUAACAAGACCCAACACUAUAACUUUUUUCCUUAGUUUACAUUCAACUCAUCGAAAAUCAGUGAAAAUAAAUUACAUACAAAACACCCAAGAAAAUUAAUUCUAGCUAAAAUAAAGUACUUCACAGUAGUAUGCUGCUUUGAAUAAACUCGUCAUGUAUUAAAUUUAUAGCCAGUAUUCUAAUGGAAUCUGUGUAGUUUAUAUUUGCUGUUAUCUAAAAUUCUCAGAGUACAAAGAUGUUUUAAAAAAUUCAGCGAUUAAUGUAGUGUAAAAUAAUAUUGCAAUUUAGGUGUAUAGUUUUGUAAAUUUGCAUUCCUAAUCUGAAAUGUACGCUCACCAGGAGAAUUGAACUUCAUCACUCUGAUGAUUUUGUACUUAAUGCUUAGUGUCACAGCCAGGCUUUGUAAUUGUCAAGUGAUACACAUGUAAAUAUCUUGUAGGUUUGAGUUAGGUAUGAGAAUUAAGGUCCCAUUAGCCAAAUUAUCAGUUGUCUGGUUGCUUGGUAAGCAUUAGGGAAGAUGGGAUUACCAGUCAUGUUGAUACACCUGUAGUUGCCAGGAAUAUAGUUCACUUUACUAGCUCAGUUGUAUCAUGUGUAUUCAAGUUGCAGAAAACUGGGAUUAACUGUUUUGCCAACAGCUGGUUAUAAAACUUCCCUUCCUCCCUUGUUUGUGUCGCACCGCCACACUCAGUAACUUAGCAACCAGGGACCUAUUUUUCAUUCAAAUUAUAACUUGUCAUUUGUGUAAAGCAUGUGGUAUUACGGUAAAUUGUUAAUGUGAUCAGGACAUGGAAAUAUGAGAAAAUGUAAAAUAUAUUGAAUAGCUUGUUUUAUAUUUCCCCUUUUGUCGGUACUUUUCUCGUCAACUGCUCCCUUUUUGUGUUGACUUGUAAAUAGGACAUUUAUUUUGACACUAAUUUUAUCUGGACCUCAUCAUUUAUGGAUGUAAUUCUGUGUCUGUAAGGUGCUUUUGAGUAAUUUUUGUUUUACCUUUUUUGGAAGAUAAUUGCUUUAUUUGGCAGAAUGGUACUUUCAUCAUAUGAAUAAUUAAUAUUUCCUUAUUUGGGACUUAACUGCCGUAUAUGGCAGAUUGAAUAAUUAAGGUGCAGUAAGAUGGAUACCUUGUAUUGCCAUAUAUGGAGAACUUCUAAAACUUUUAUAUGUGAAUACAAGUACAUAUGUGCUAAAGCUUACUCUUUUUUUAUAGCCAUCAAUCUGAAAUGGUUUUCUCUUAACUACUGUGUAGAUAUGUGUUGGAACGAUAUCAUGUUUUAUAAAUAUAUAUAUUGUCAAAUGUUAUCAAAUUUAAGCACCGAUAUUUUUAAAGGUGGCACCCUUCAAAACUUGUUAUAUUAAAGAUAUGUAUGUUAAAACAAUUAUUGUAAAAGUCAUGUUGAAAAGACAACAAAGGAGGAAUCAGUGCUUGUAGUUUCAUCCAUGAAUCAGUGAUGUGUUAUUUUUUAAGGGUGACAUCUUUACAAAAUCAGCUUGUCCAAAAUGGUGAUUUGGGUUCUAACUAUGCAUUGUGAUAAAUUGUUUGUAUUUUAAGAAGGAAUAUUAUUUUUUAUGUGCAACUGUGUUGCUGUUGUACAUGUGAUUAUUGGGCAAUUUCUGUAUAAAAAAAAAAAUUGUAAGAACGUAAAAAAUAUGUGUAAUGCUAUGGUCUUACAAUAAUAAAAGUAUUGUAAAUCUAA